UCCCAGCGCGGCUGGGCGGGCGGCGGGAGUCUGCCGAGAGCGGUCUUCGGUUGGGGAUACGCCUCCUUCCCGACUCCUCGCUGGGGGGUGACCGGCGGAGAUGUUCACCAGAGCGGUGAGCAGGCUCAGCAGAAAGCGGCCUCCGUCAGAUAUAACUGACAGUGACAGCAAGCCAAGCAGUAGUCAUCAGAACCUAAAUGGCACCACAAGAUGGGCUCGGUCAUUGGAAAGCUUGCUGGAAGAUCCAGAAGGUGUAAAGAAAUUUAGGGACUUUUUAAAGAGAGAAUUUAGUGAAGAAAAUGUUUUAUUUUGGCAAGCUUGUGAAGAGUUUAAGAAGAUACAAGAUAAAAAACAGAUGCAAGCAAAGGCAAAUGAAAUUUACAGAAAUUUCUUGUCAAAUAAAGCUUCUUAUCAAGUCAAUGUAGAAGGGCAGUCUCGUUUGGAUGAAUCAAUACUGGAAAAACCUCAUCCUCUGAUGUUUCAGAAACUUCAAGAUCAGAUUUUCAACCUCAUGAAAUAUGACAGCUACAGCCGUUUCUUGAAAUCAGAUAUGUUUCUUAAAUUGAAGGAAACUGAAGAACAGGAAGAAAAUUCACCUGAUCCUCAGACUGCAGCAAAAAGAGCUUCUAGAAUUUACAAUACAUGAUCCAAAUAACAACAAUCUGUUGAUCAAUAGAUCUGACUGAGACUACAAUGAGAAAAGCAAAUCAGUUCUCAGGAAUAUUCUUUGUGAUUAACACAAAUGCAUUUAGAAGCUUGAAUAAUAUAGAAUCUUAUUAGACAAAGCUUACCUUUGAUUGGUUCAGUGACCUGUUUCUUGCCAGUGAUUGCUUCCAGAUACAGUGAUCAAGGUAGUUAUAUGACAGCCCUUGAAAGACUGAAGAAUUUGUAAGUUCUUGCAAACUGCUUCUAAUUUUUAAAAGUAUAUUUUUUUGUAAAUCAUUUGGUGGAAGUGGGUGUUAAAUGUAGCAUUAAAAAUUAAAGCAAGUUUUAAAGUAGAGAUAAGGUAAAAGUCUUUGAAAAACUCAUAGAGUUUUGCCUAACAGACAUUCCAGAAAUAUCCUUUUUAUGUUUUAACUGCUGUGUGAAUUGAAUUAAUCAUGUCAUUUUAAGUACCCAAUCCAUUGAUGGAUCAGAUAAAGAAGUGUACAGUAGCUAUUUGGCUGGGGCUUUUGUCAUCAAAAAGUGCCUCCUGGACCAAUUUUGUAGCAUGUUUUUUCUAUUUAAAAAUGAGGCAACUAUUUUCAACUGCAGCAGAUUCUGUCUGAAGAGAUAUCUAUAUCUUAAAAAAAUUCUCUGGAGUAAAACAAUAUGGACAAAUCCCACAACAACCCACAGCUGAGAUUGUGAUAGAGAGGCAUUUUUCAUUUUGGCUGUCUUGGAAAUAAUUUUGUGAAGGAAUUGUCAGUGCAGAAAGACCCUGGAAGAAGUAGGGAAUUAAUGGAAAUAUGUGGGCUGUGUAUGAAGUUAGCUAGUGGUUUAUGGCAAGAAAGAAAUUUUGAACGUUUAGAGAGAAAUUGUGCUUAAUUUUGCUGUUCUGUUUUUUGUGAAUCAUAUUCCAAAUAUUGAUAAUGCCAAUGAAAUGGUGGAUGUCAACAUAUUGUGAUAAUAUUCUGUAUUUGAUUAUGUUUGGGACAUUCCUUCUUCAUGCUUGGGGCUGAAGUGCAGUUUUCAAUAUUUUGUCAGAUAUAGAAAAUUGAAGUAUAAGAAUAAUAAUGAUAGUAAUAUGAUUGCAAUCCUCAAUCAAAUAAUCAUAUUCUCUUUUUUCAGGCUGAAAUUGCUGAGGCAAAGAAAUUAUUUUUAGUUCAGUUUUGUUUUAAUACUCAUUUUGCACAAUAAUUUCAGUACUGUUAAACAUGAGGAAAGCGAAUUGGCUUGCAAGCUUUAUUUACAAUUUCUGCAUGUGAAAUGUAAUUGUGGCUUAUAUUUUCUCUUUAGUUACUCUUUUUAUCUUCUUUGUGUGGGCUGCUUUAUUGUCCAGCUUAGCUGUUUAAAUAUUUGUAAGUUCUGUUUAUUUGGGUAAGUAGCACCCAACCAUUUUUCUUCUUAGCAAUAUCUCUCGAAGUCUCAAUCAUAAUAUAUAUACUAGGAAGAGGUACAGAUGUUUGGGUCAGAUUGUCAGAACUGAUUAUACAUAAAAGACAGCAGCUAUAUUCUGUUUUCAUUUGAAUACAGAGAAUUGCAGUUGAACCAGCGAGUUGCUGGUUCAUGUGGUGCUCCCUCAAAUCACUAUAUAACCAAGAGUAGCAUUGGUAUAAAUAGGCAUUAAUCUCCUGUCAGUGCAUUCAGAAAUGUCCAUGAUUCCUUCAGCACAUGCAUACCCUUUAUGCCUUUUGUGGAUUUAGUUGCCAUUUGUCUUUCUCUUAUACUAAAGGGUAAAGGGAGCAGCAGGAAUCUCCUGUAGACUAUGUACAUUUGACAAAGGUAAUCAUGUUUGCAGAAGAGAUGGUUUUCAAGGAUGAUUUAGGAAAUGGUGAAAAUGCUGUUUUUUUCCUUUUUCCAUGAACCACAUUGAGGCUAGGUUUUCUAUUCAUGAUAAACCAUUGUUUGUUUUAAUCAUGUUUAGUUAAAUAAGCCUAAGUGAUUGGAUCUAUACAUCAUGCUAAACCAUAAAAGCUGGAUUCACACAUUUGCUCUAUGCCCAAAACACAUGCUAGUACGAUAUGGCAUGCUGUGCGAACCCUCCUAGAAGGAAUGAUAAAAUGCCCUGGAUAAGUAUUGAGGCUGAGGCUAACAAGGCUGGAAGCAAGAGCUGAGAUGAGGCUUACAGGACCACUAUAAGACUGCAGGUAUCUUCUACAUCCAAGGCUUAAUAAAUGAAUGGCAAGAAAUCUGUUACCAUGUAAGGGUGAGAGAAAGAAAUUUAGGAUUUAAACCCUCUUUUUAUCUUCUUUGUGUGGACUUCUUUAUUGACUAGCUUAACUUUUUAAAUAUUUGAAAGUUCGUUUACCAUCAGGCUGGUAGUGCCCUAACCAUUAAAUAUGACCUGAUUGCUA